AUGAGUAAUUAGUAGUAUAUACAAUUUAACUUGGAUUGGAAAUAUGAAAAUGCUAAUUGCUCUGUUUAUAAUUUGACUGUUGAUAUUUUAGAGGGAAGUGCAAUAAAUGGUUGGUGGCAAAUUUAGAAUAGCGUAUUAAUACUAGGUACUCCAGAUUAAAACAAUGCUUCUGGAAAUUUCGUCUUUAUAAACUAUGUAAACUAUGGUUAUGGAUUAAAAACUAAUUUUACAUUCAAAGUUCAAAUUAAUAAGACAUGCAAAUCAAAUAAGUAUAGUAAACCUUAAGAUAUUGGUAGCACUAUGGAACUAUAAUAUAAUUUGAACUCUGGAUUUCAGCCGAUACCAUAUUAUUUCACUUAAGAACUCUCUUAUUGUGAUAAUUUCAAGAAUAUAGUCUAAAAGUAACCUCCUUACUCUAAUAAUAUCGGAAUUCAACAUCAGGAUUUUAAUAGCACACAUUUUCUACUAUCUAUUGAAGGUGAAGAUCUUUAUGGUUAAACGAUACCCAUAGUGAUAGAGGCUUAUCUCAGGGGAGCAUUUAAGGAAAAAAUAACCUUAAACUUUAAAAUUUUACCUUGUAAGUUAUAUACAAUCAAACCGAAUCCUAUUGAUAUUUUAAAUUAUGAAAAUUAGCCAAAAUUUUUCAUGAUAAGAAUGAAAGAUUUCCUAAAAAUCGAGAUAUCUCCAUUCAUAUAAGACAAUAAAUGCAAUUUUAAACUUGAGUAUCAGCAAUCAAACUCUGUUCUUACUUCUAAUGAGCUAACUUUGUAGGAACGGACAGAUCAAAUAUUUGAAUAUCAUUUCAAAACAGAUAAUAAGAAAUUAGCUUUACUUGGUCCUAUAAUCUUCCAAAUAAAAGCAAUUUCAAAGGACUAUUUAGAUUCUGUUAUCAGCACACCAUUGAAUGUAUCUAUUUAAGUACAGUAGUUUAAUUCUUAGGGACCAAAGUUUUAUAAAAAGUUAGAAGUUCUGAACAUAUUUCCUGGUGAGACUAAAUACUACGAAUUUCCUGAUGUGUUCGACUUUGAUAAUGAUUAGUUAAAAGAAGUUUAACUUUUGUUAUUUAGAGCUUAAGAAUUUGUAUUUGGGUCUUAUCCAAAGUUACUAAUUACACCUGAGGAAAACCACAUUAGAAAUUAUUCUAUAAGGGUAAUUAGCGAAUUUUAAGAUGGUUACGUAAUUAAUCAGCCUACAUCAAAUGGAAAAGCACUCAAUAUUAAAGUCUUAAAGCCAAAAUUAAAGAGUAUAGACCUAAAAGGAUUAGCCAAGAUAACAUUUAAUACUAAAAUUUAGUAACCUGAUAGUUACUCUAAGAUUGAUAAUCGCACACUCCUACUACAAAUUUUUGGAAAGAACGGAGAAUAAAAAAAUAUUUAAUUCUAAUGGAAAGUAGUGUCAUUUUAACCAUAAUAAUUUGACAUUUAAAUCAUUUUUAACGAUCCCACUAUUGGAUUAUAAUUCUUGUGGAGUUUAAUCAAUACAGUUUAGCUUAUUGUUAGAGCACCACUUUAGAAUUUGAAUUUCCCUGCAAAUGUAAUAUUCUUCUACAGUCUAAUAAUUGAUCUAACAAACUUCAAUGCUCUUAGCUCAUACAUUGAUGAUUAGACAUUUUUCUAAUUUAGUGACUAACCUACUCCUAUGAAUUUCUAUCAAAUGGAUAUCUUUUAAAAAGGAAUUAUCUAAUGUAAAUGUUAACUGGACAAGCUAUGA